GGCAGGAGAUAUGAGUCAGGAGGGGAAAGGCAAAUGGCUGGAACGAAGGACAGGAGACAGAACUGAAUCUUGUACUAUUGAUGGGCUGAGGCCUGAGACACCCUACAGAUUCCGAGUGUCGGCUGUGUGUGCGGAUGGGGCUGUGAGUGACCCAAGUGAGGAGACUCUGAUUUCAACACUAAAGGAAGGUUUGCAUGUAAGACACACUGAGCCAGUUCCAAGAGCUACCAAGGCUGCUGAAAAUGCAAUUUCAAACAAUAGAACAUUUGCUGGACUCUCCAAAAAGGAGAUUAAAGAAUUGCAGGACACUAUUGCAGCAGGAAUUUUCACAGAUGUGAUAGUUAAACUUCAGAACAUAAAAUCAUUAAAAAUCACCAUGCUUCAUGUUGCCGUCAUGGGUGAGCCGGGUUCAGGAAGAUUGAGCUUUGUAAAUGCCUUCCGGGGGCUCAAUGAUUAUGAUGAAGGUGCUGCUGAAACUGAGGUGUGUGAAGCAGGAAGGGAGCCAACACCUUAUCAACAUCCUAAACACCCAAAUGUAACAAUAUGGGACCUACCAUGGUUUGCUUGGCUUCCCUUACAUACAUAUAUGAAGUUGGUAAAUUUCAGCCGCUAUGACUUAUUCAUCAUCAUGCUCUCAAAACGCUUCAGAUCCUGCCACCAAAUCCUCGCCAAUGAGAUUCGGAGGAUGGGAAAGAAGUAUUACUAUGUGCGCUCCAAAGUGGAUGAGGAUCUGUUUCUUGCUAUGUGCCGCAAAUCCUACAGUGAGCAGAGAAUCCUACAGGAGAUCAGGGAUGACUGCAUAAAACGGAUGAAGGGAGAAGGGGAGACUUUCCCCCAGAUUUUCCUUAUCAGUCACUGGGACCCAGACAAAUAUGAUUUCCCCCUCCUACAGGAAACACUGGAGAAGGAAAUAGAUAAAUCUAGCCCCUGUGUCAUGUGCUGAUGCCCUUACUCCUGCCCAGAUCUCGCCUCAGCUUCUGGUCCAGCCAUCUCUGUGAUACAAUUGCAGUGUUAGAGCCAGGACUUUGGCUUGGACAAUGGCUCACUUCACUGGCUAGGAAGGCUCAUAGCUCUGUUGCUGAGCUGAAGUCUGUUGUAAAAAAGUUCCCAAUGGCCAAUGAAAAAGCAAGACUUCGUAUUGUGUCUACAUGGCACACUGACAGCUGUCAGUCUUCUGGAUCGUCUACCGUGUUUGGUUCCACAGCAGCUGGAUGAGAGUCUGGAACCGCAUCCUACAUGUUGAAGAGAUUUUUGAAUGACAUAACAGGAGUUGCCCAAUGCUGUGUCUCAAUCCAAAAGCUGAUUAGUUCAACUAACAAUAACAAAGGUUCCAAUGCACCUGCACAGAAAGCAAGAGACAGGUGUCUCAAAAGCUCUCAGAGGAUGAAACAAAUUCCUAAUGUUUGUAGCUGAAAUGUCUUUUAAACUAUCAGAUACAUUAGCAAGUUCCCAGCUCUGGUGAUUAACUAUACAGGCAUAGUUAAGGCAAAUGGCUUCUCUUUCCUGUUUCUCUUUAACCAGUGUAAGGGGUCUAGUGUAAUAGAGCCAGGACACCAAUCUGGUGUCUACUUCCACUUUUCCUCUCUCUCUCUCUCCAGGUUUCCUUAGCUAUUAGUAGUCUGGUUAGAUGCAUCUUUUUUGUCUACUGUGAGCCCGGAGUCAUUUUGUGACCCACUUUCUUAAAAAAAAAUGCCAAAAAGAAAAAGCAUUCACUUGUCAGUACCUUGCCUGGGUCACUUUUAUUUUUGAAGGGAAUACAACAUCCCUUCUCAACAUCCCACAAGGUUUUCAGGAACUUCUGGAAAUACAUUCCAGUUUGGAUUCCUUGCUGGGUCCACCUUCCCCUUUGAAACUUAUUCCUAAAAAUCAGACAUAUUUUAUCACUCGAUAUUUUAUCGAUUGAACUGAGUGCAAUUAUCUUGAUGAUAUUCUUCCCACUACAAAAUCUGAGAUGAUUUUCAAAGUUGGAUACAUUCCUUAUAAGCUUCUCCUUGUGUCGCUAUUGUAACUAAUGGCAGCGUCUCUUCCUGUUUUGAAUUACAGAGAGGCACCCAACAACGCUCUGUGCUGAUUGGUUCUUUGCUCCAACUCUCCCCUUAGGCACUACUGUAGUAAACAGCAUUAACAUUUAAGUAAUUAAAGCUUUUCUCUUUCUCCACAUUCAAUUUUACUAUUGAUCAUUUUCCCCAAACUAUUUGCAUAAAUGCCAGCUUCAAAGCUAUUUGGACUGGGAAUGCUUCCCACCUACUGUCCCUAUAUGAAAGUGAUGGAUUAGUUCCCCUGUCUGAUCACACAAAUACUGUUCGAUAAAGGAGUGCUACGACUGAAGAAUAUCAUCUCAAGUCAGAUUUAAUGGGUGAAAUCCAGGGCUCCAUUGCCAUCAAUGGCAAAACUCUGACUUCACUGGAGCCAGGAUUUCACCCAGCAAAUCAUACAACGUGAUUUUUGCAAAACCAGGCAAGGAAAAGGAAUGGAAAAAGAAAGCUGUCCUUUUCCAGUUGAAAUCAUAGGUCUGAUAUAGCUCAGACGAGCUCUUACUCUGGACAUGAAAGAUUUACCUAAACUUGACUGUUCCCCUUUUAAAUAAAAUGACAAUAGACUUAACAAUUUGGAUCAAUUUAUAAUCCACUGGAUGAGUAAAUCUAAACACUCAGCCAUCAUCCUUCCAGCUAUUGGUUGUUUGUUUGAAUUCCAAAGUGCUCAUACCUACUAAUGAACCCUAAAUAGGUAAUAAGAGACAUUUCCUUAUAAAAAUGGCAUAGCCACAUGGUUACAAUUUUAUAUGUAGUUGCAUUUUGGAAUAAAUAUUUUUAGGGAGGAGAGUGUGUAGGUUUUUUUGUCUUUGAAGGUUUUCAUCCAUAUUGAAAUGUGAUUUAUAUAUAAAUAAGUGGGUGCUCUAUGCUAUUUCAUAUGAUUUUUCCUAUUGCUGAAAUAGAACUUUUUAUGAGUUAAUGUAAUUAAACUAAUAAACUAAUAAAGGUUAAUAAUUUAUUCCAGUCAAUUUAAACAUUUUUUAUAAUCCCCUCCUUCUGUAUCUGUUCAGAAAAAUGAGUACUGCAUUAUAAUCUCCAAAUUUAUCAUCUGUAACCCAAGCCAUCAUUUAGCUAUAGUUUCUUUUCUUAAAUGAUAGAAAUGUUUGAAAGAAAAAAUAAAAAUGAAAUGGCUACAUGUUAGUGCCAGAUCCUGAGUGCUGGAAUGGGCAGCUGCUUGUGAUACUCACUGACUCUGAGAACUGGUUUAUUUCUAUUCAUCUGUGUGGGAAUUCUUCACAAUGAGAUAAAUCCAGACAAAAAGAGGAAAAGACGGAGCGAGAGAAAGGGAGAAAGGGCCACUUUCAGGGCAGGAUCAAGGCUAUCUGGGACCCUAGGCCCAAAAAAGAAUGUUAUGAGCAGGUGCAAGAAAACUAGAGACUGAAUGGUCCAAACAAAAAGGACUGUUGUUAUGGCUCACGGACUGUGUUGAGAUGGACCAAAGGAUUUUCUUUCCGAGAGGAAAGCCAUCGAGCCUUGCACUUGUUUAAGGACAAGUUUAACACAGUUCUUCACCUGCGAGUCCUGAAAGUCAUCAUAUCAUCAUGUCAUCCAAUCCUCAGCCCAGCAGCGGGGAUGCCUGAUUGUCAGCACCACAGUGGCUCCAGAGGCACAUAAGAUCCUGUUCUGUCUCCCUUCCCUUUUCAUGUUAUUUUCCACCUAACUAAUCUUCCUCCUAUCCUCCCUCUCACUCCUUUGGCUUU